UGUAAAAGAAUUUCUUUAUAUUCCUUGUCUUUUCUCUCUCUCUCCAUAUGGAAGCUCUCAAUUUUCUCCGGUUUUGGAUGAAGAAGACCCAGGUUCUAGCCUCCGAUCAUCAUUCCGAUGAAGGAGACAACUCUUUCAUCGACUUGGAACUGCCCUUUCUUCAGUCCAACCACCACGUAAAUGGCCACACCAUCGCCGUCAAAGCCGACCAAAAAGCAGGUUCUUUGUCUCCGAUCAUCCCCAUCGAGGCAAGCUCCAAGCCUCGAUCAACCCCGAAACUUGGAGCAUUAGCUCGGAGCACUAGUACAUGCAUCACCAGAAAAAAUAGUUUCGGGAAAACAGAAGAUCAUUCAUUGAAGAGAUUACCCAAAGAUCUGAUCAUAACAACAUACUUGAAUGUAACCAAGUACGUAAAGGUCUCCAAGAACAACAUUCAAACUCACAAGAAAAAUGUCUCAGGUGGCUUAUCCACGGCGGCUUCACCGAUCAACCGGAAAGAUGAUUUACUCCAACAGGAUGCCAUCCAAAGUGCCAUUUUGCAUUGCAAGAGAUCUUUGAAUUCAUCAACAGAAUCUUCUUGGUUGUCGAGAUGUACAAGUGACUCUUCACAAGCGCAGUUAAGCAAUGCAUCUUCUACAGGAACUACAAGCAAUUAUUCAUAUGAGAAACUGAUGGAUUCUGCAAGAAUAUCACCAGAAGCAGUAAAGAAAACACUCAUGGGAUAGAAACUUUGAUAUUUAGUAGGCAUAAUGCCAAAAAUAGCCCUCAAUGUUUAUCAUAAUGGUCAUUUUGGCCUCUAUUUUUUGGAGUAUUUUGAUCCCAACGUUUCA